AUGAAAAGGGCACUCAGACAUGUCAGAAAUAUCGCAACAAAGAAUGGAAUUACACCCAAAAACCCCUCUCGCAAGCCUAUUUCACGUCUAUCGACACCAGAGCUUCGUAACUUGCCGCCGUUUUCUCCCAAUGCCGUAACCCAUGUUCAAUUUCGACGUACAUCGCCUGCCUCUGUGGGCCACUUAUUCUUUCACGCACCUAGUUUCAGCGGACCUCUAGAUACAUCUCAUCCACUCGCCAGAGAGUCUCAUCCUCUCCGGAAAUGUCCAAACUACACCUCUUCAUUCUUACGCGCAACAGCAAUUCCGCAUGCAGUCCUCGCGCACGUUAUACCCGAACAGAUGCCGCCUUUCAACGAUUCUGAGCCUUGGACCCCUCGUGGAUAUACGCUCCACGGCACACAAGUUAACAAGAUUCGAUAUAGGAUGAAGCAAGACAACCCCAGGGCGGUGUACGCUUCGUUCUUGAUCGUGUGUUCCAAGAGCGCUGUCCACAAGGAUGCGGUGAUACGGAGGAAGAUUGCGCGGAGAAUCCGUGAGGCUAUUAAGCUCAUUAUUACCCGAGGAGCCCAGCCGAAUGAAACUGGAUCGGGCAUCUCGUUUGCAGAGAAAGAUAUUGGAGAAGAAAAAUGGCUUCUACCAGGGCACUCCUACGUAGUGUUUGCGCAGUUGGAGGCAUACCGAACACCUUGGCCGGACUUACUCAAAGUCAUCAGAGAUCUACUCUAUAAUAUCAAGCAAAAGAGCAGAUCAAUGGAUCGACAUUCCCGCCCUUUGACCCCUUCAAAGACUUCCGCCACCAAGCCUAAAUCUCCUCUUGAUUCUGUACACAGGAGGUCCCUGGAACCUUACAAGAAACCAGUUGGCUCUUCUUCCCCUUCCCCUUCACUAGCCCGAACCAGGCCACCAUCUAGCCCGUCCUCUGGUCGCCAGUUUUCGACAGGACCGAGCCAAUCCAAAAUCCAAGGACCUGUAGGCAGGCACAGCGAUAGCGAAGUUCUCAGUGCAUCAUUCGGCUCCACCUAUCUACUUCCACCAGAGAACGACUACCGAUCACACAGACGGCGACAGAUGUAUCGCGCCGAGAUCGUCCUUGGCCAACACAGCUUCAGUCCAGCAUUUUUUCAUCUUUUUCCAGACCAAAUCGAUACUAAGAGUAGCCUGGACAUGCUUCCAUCCGUAGUCCAUCCCACACGGCCAGAGGUGGUCAAACUUGGUGACAAUGUACCUGGGUCAAUCCCAAUACACUGGGUACACGACCCCUCGACGUCAUUGACCAGUGCUCCGAUUCACAUGGAGCUGGGAGAAGCCUCGGACGAUCUGGCAGAGGGAUAUGUGCUCUACCAACCCGCAAACGACUCCUCCGCAGACCCUUUCGAUGAAGAAGUUUGCGACAUCUUGCCUCUACUCGAUGCAGCUACUCUCCUGCGAUAUCGAAUCCCACACUUGCCUCACCACCCGGGCGCAGGUCUAGAGGUUCGCUUCCGUCGGAACCAGCACUCGUAUACGUCUCUCGACAAAACCUCCGAGUCGGGGAAUGAUAUGAAACAGGAGUUUGACCGAAAGAUGUCCCAAGCUGUCAUCCAAAGACGCAAACAACGCAGAGCACUACGUGCUCGCUGGAAUACGAUCGAUCCGGCUUGGCUCGAGAAGCUCAAAUGGCGUGAAGAACGACGUUUGGAAAAUCUCUACCAGAUUAAAUUUAGCGAUGUCGAGAAGUACGGACUCGACCUUGGAAGACCCAAUGGCAGAAACGAGGAAGUUGAUAUGACCGAUGCGGAUGUGCCAUGGUGGAAACCCCGACGAGAAGAUUUUGGCUGGGAUAAAGUCUUAGACUUCGAGGGGAAGCGCGACUAUACUUAUCGACCGUUAGUACCUCGACCCAAGUGGUCGGAAAGACCACCAGAGGGACGUGACAAGUAG